AUGAUGAACAAAACUUCCCUUCUUGCUCUGGCCCUCGCAGCCAUCCGGGUCCAAGCGCAGGACAUGAUCAACAUUGAUCUAUACAGCACUGAAACCUGCAACCCGGACCCCAAUGACCUUGACGUUCAGUCCUUCCAGCUAGGCGUCAAUCUCAAGACAGACGCUAAUGGUAACGAAUUCUCUGGCUGCAAUGCUGCUACCAUCGUUCCUCAAGGCUGGCCUACCACUGCCAACGGUAAAUACCCCGUCUGGCUUGACACCUCCAAGUUUGGUCAGGGAUGCAGUAUGCUCUUCUUCAACCUCCCGGGUUCUCAAGAGGAGGGUGAUAUCUGGCCUUGCCGCAAUGGACUCUACCGCAAGAUUCAGAAGGACAAGACACCCUGCGGUGAUUUGGAACUGACUCAGAAGUUCGGAUACGCAUACUGCUGUGGCUCUCUUUGCAAUGACGAUGUCAGCACCUGGCCUUCCAAGCGUAGCCUCACCGACCGGGCUCCUACUCCCAAGGCUAAGGACGUAACCAAGGUCAAGCGUGCCCCCAUCCUCAACAAACGUCAAGGCAACGACAAGUGUAUCAUCAACCUCAAGAGUGAACUCUACACCACAUUUGGUCGACAGAUCCAGGUCGGCCCCGAAGAAACAUGCGAGCCCGACCAGACUACCUGCGGUCAGACCUGGACAUACACUGCUGGCAAUGACAUUACCACUAGUGAAAGUCACGAGGACAGCACUGAGGUCGGCUUCUCUGAGUACAUUGUUUUCGUCAACUCUUUCUCUGAUGGCUAUGAAAUUAGCAAGGGCGAGUCGGAGGAGCGAUCUGUCUCGAAGAGCAUGGCUCCCGAGCCUGGACAUGCUGGCUACCCCACUUUCACUCCUCUUCUCUACUGCGCCGAGGCUGACCUUAGCGGCGACUGCUCUCGCGAGGAUUUGGGUAUCGGUGGUGGAGAGGUUUGCGUUCAGAAGUAUCUUCCUGGUGAUGUCCCUGACGGUACUUGGCAAAUCGUCACCACCGAUUAA